AUGCACUUCAGAUUAUCGAGCUGCCGUUUAUUAGGCGAAACUAAGGAUGAGCCUUCACCAGAAGAGGACUAUACUCGCCAGUAUACCAGCCGCCUACCCACCGAUCAACCGCUUUACCAGAUCUACAUGUUGGCCGAGAACGAUAAGCUCUUCGACAGCGUUCUGCUCAGAUCGAAUGAUUCGGCUUGUGGACAGGAAGAACAUCCGCCGGACUCGACUGGUUCGCUGGAUUUGUUCCGUCGAGAGUCGUGCGCGUCUUCCGAUUCCGGAAGAGGAGCCGACUGCUCCACAUCCGCGUCCGCAUUGACGUCGAAUACGUCGAUGAGACGUGAACGUCUCAUUGCCACUUCACACUUCGGUAGUCAGAGGAGCCUGUGGUGCGAACUGGAAGAGGUGUGGUGA